GCAGGAUAUCGUUCCACAUAUCAAUUCCGCAGUCUAGCCUCCCAGUGCCUCCCAUCUUCCCGCCCCUCUUCUCUUUUGCCGUCCACGCCCGUCCCAUAUCCUUUGACUACCCCCCCAUCAAACCGCCUAACCAAUGAAGACUCCAUUGCCAUCCGGAUCUCAUACCAAAGCUGCGAUUUCUUUUGUGCGAUCUGUCCUUCUCUUCGUUCGAACAUAGACGGUCUCCUCGACUACACUUUUUGUCUGCUGUGUAACCGUCAUCAACUACCAUCUCCUCUGCUGGCACUUCUCAGGUUCUUACCUCAGCACUCUCAGCUGCAACCCCAGCCUACCCUAGAUCACUGAACCUUGGCAACAUCAGGCCACACAGGGUUAUCUCCCGUCCGAGGGGUCUCCACGCUGUCAAUUCGGCCUUGAUCCUUUAAAUUCGGCUGCGUUCCUGUCGCUCUGAUCGUGCUCAGAGAGCCAUCUCCUUUAGACGAAAGCACACUUCAGAUCCCUCCCACUGCCUUCUGUUGAGCCACUGCCACCGUUCACCAUGGCUCAAGUCGACACCCUGGACAUCAUUGUCCUAGUGGUGCUCCUUCUGGGCAGCAUCGCCUACUUCACCAAGGGCACCUACUGGGGCGUUCCCAAAGAUCCUUAUGCUACCUCUGCCAUGAAUGGCACUGCCGCCAAGAAAGGCUCUCGGAACAUUGUCGAAAAGAUGGACGAAUUGAAUAAGAACUGUGUCAUCUUCUAUGGCUCCCAGACCGGUACCGCGGAGGACUAUGCGUCCCGUCUGGCAAAAGAAGGGCAUGCUCGUUUUGGUCUCAGCACAAUGACAGCCGACCUGGAAGACUAUGACUACGAGAACCUCGAUACCUUCCCAGAAGACAAAAUUGCUUUCUUCGUCAUGGCCACCUACGGUGAAGGUGAGCCUACGGACAACGCCGUCGAAUUCUGGGAGUUCAUCAAUAGUGACCCUCCCUCCUUCUCCAACGAUUCCGAAGACAAGCCUCUGAGCAACCUGAAAUAUGUCGCGUUCGGUCUUGGGAACAACACAUAUGAGCACUACAACUUGAUGGUUCGCAACCUGGACAAGAUCUUGACUAAAUUGGGCGCAAAAAGAAUUGGUGACGCCGGCGAAGGAGAUGACGGUGCUGGCACCAUGGAGGAAGACUUUUUGGCCUGGAAGGAGCCCAUGUGGGCUGCCCUCGCCAAGGAAAUGGGCCUUGAAGAGCGUGAAGCCAUCUACGAGCCAGUUUUCGCUGUCGAAGAGAGAGAAGAUCUGUCAGUCGAAGAUGAUACUGUCUACCUCGGUGAGCCCAACAAGAACCACCUCGAAAACACCCAGAAAGGUCCCUACAAUGCUCACAACCCCUUCAUCGCACCGAUUGCCGAAUCUCGAGAACUGUUCACUGUCAAGGACCGAAACUGCCUCCACAUGGAGAUCGAUGUUUCUGGUUCUGGCCUCUCGUACACCACCGGUGACCAUAUUGCCGUUUGGCCUACCAACGCAGGAAUGGAGGUUGAUCGCUUCAUGAAGACUUUUGGCUUGGAAGAGAAGAGACACACCGUCAUCACCUUGAAGGGUCUUGAUCCGACCGCCAAAGUGCCCUUCCCGACCCCGACCACCUACGACGCUGCUGUCCGCUACCACAUGGAAAUCUGCGCCCCCGUCUCCCGCCAAUUUCUGUCUACCCUGGCCGCGUUCGCGCCCAACGAGGCAGCAAAGAAGGAGAUGACCCGAUUGGGAUCGGAUGCGGACUACUUCAAAGAGAAGGCGGCCUCACAAAUGUUGAACAUUGCCCAAAUCGUCUCAUCUGUCAGCUCUGAACCCUGGUCUGCCGUUCCCUUCUCUGCGCUGGUCGAAGGUCUCACAAAGCUCCAACCGCGGUACUACUCCAUCUCGUCCUCAUCCCUUGUUCAAGCAGAAAAGAUCUCCAUCACGGCUGUGGUGGAAUCUAUUCGUAUUCCGGGUGCAGGUCAUAUCGUCAAGGGUGUCACGACCAACUACCUACUGGCCUUGAAGCAGAAGCAAAACGGAGAUCCCGACCCGUCGCCACAUGGUCUUACCUACACAAUCACCGGUCCUCGCAACAAGUACGAUGGUGUCCACGUCCCUGUCCACGUCCGUCACUCCAACUUCAAGCUGCCUUCCAAUCCCAGCAAACCCAUCAUCAUGGUUGGCCCCGGCACAGGUGUCGCCCCAUUCCGAGGAUUUGUCCAAGAACGUGCAGAACAAGCGAAGCGAGGUGAGGACGUUGGUACAACUGUUCUCUUCUAUGGCUGCCGGAGAUCAACUGAAGAUUGGCUCUACAAAGAGGAAUGGGAUGAAUUUAAGAAGGCUCUGGGUGAUAAGUUGAUCAUCUUCAACGCCUUCUCUCGAGAAACAUCCAAAAAGGUCUACGUGCAGCACCUGAUCAAGGAGAAUGGCAAGCUGAUCAACGACCUCCUCCAACAAAAGGCCAACUUCUACGUCUGCGGUGAUGCUGCUCAUAUGGCUAGAGAAGUCAACGACGUGCUAGGGCAAAUCAUUGCCGCUGAACGCGGAAUCGACGAGAAGAAAGCAGAGCAAGUGGUCAAAAGCAUGCGCAGCAGUGGUGUGUACCAGGAAGACGUCUGGUCAUAGAGGUGCAUACGUCUAUUACAUUCCAACACGACCCGGACUGUCGAGGAGGUCCAGUGGGUGUGCAGUCAUCAGACCUUUGAGGUGGCAUCCGAGGCGAGGUGUGUACGUCAAGAAGGUUCCCCGAGUCAACCCUGCUAUUCGUCUUUUCGGGAUGAGGUCUCUUGGUUGCUGGCGGGAUCUUCAGCCAGGCCUUUGCAGCCAAGGGCAUCUACAACAUGAAGCGAUAUAGGCGCGGCGAUCAGGCCUCGUGCCGGAAAGCAAGAGCGGGGAGAAGUCGAAGGUCGGAUAUCGACCCAAACCUGACGAUUGUGGGGUCGACGCGAGAAUUCCCAGGCUGGACAUCCCGACAACUGACAACUUCGGCCUCCUUCUUUGCCAUCCGUGGGGUUGAUGAGGGAUUGCCCAGAUCCGGCCUGUCUUUUCCGGUGGGGCCUUCCGAAAACCUCCUCUUCUCCUCCUUUGACCGAUUUAGAUGGCGCCAUUCGAGCGAGGAGCUUUCUGAUUAUUACUGCUUGGACAAUGUCGUCGGUGGCAUGCUUUUUUGCACAUUCUUGUGGAGUUCUGGUGAUGCCAGGUAUAAAUAUCUAGAAAGAUUGAAUGAAAUUCCAGACUGUCGAUAAUGCUUUACCCUUUGAUACAAUGAGGAAUGAAUAAACAACUCCAUGAACGUCUCUGGCCACUGUACUCUGUAAGGGAUGGAUGAAGUGCGAAACCUGUCAAUCUGUCAAUAACUUUUUCAUUUCCG